CAAACACGGCGUCUUGAAGCUCUUGAACUGCUUUGACAUGGAUUGUGAGACACCAUGUUCAUUCAAGUUUGCUGAUGAUAAGAUUAUAGAGUCUACACCGGCAAAGCUGGCUGGUAUAUUUUGCAUGCAGAGGAUUGGAAGCAGAAAGGGUCAGAAGCUGUUAAAGUACUAUUGUCCUAGUGAUUUGACUGACAAUGUUUUAUACAGCAAAUACUUCACCGAUAUCAAAUCUACAAAGCAUCAGACGACGGUGACUAAGACAAACAUUUUAGAGAAGAUAAAACAACUUAUGGCAAAAAGGAGAAAAAGUGGGAAAAGAAAGAAAGUUGAUGAAAAGGAUCUAGUUUGCCUGAUAGGUCUUUAUCUUUGCUGUGUAUUGUUUUUUGGCGACAAAAAUGCCAAUGGAGUGAACGCGAAAUAUCUUAGUAUCGUUGAAACUUAUGAUACGGUGCUCAAGGUGUCGUGGCCUGAUUUAAUACACGAGCACUUGUUUGAAGAGAUUCAUACUAAUCUUAGUUGUUUGUCAAAUGUGAAGGCUUGUGUGCAAUACCUACUGUUAUUGUUUGCUGAACACACGCCAGCAGGAUUAAUCCCGAAAGUUGAGAACCACGAGGAAGAUAUCCCGAGGGUUGGGAGAUGGGAUAUAUACCAGAUUUCUGAUUACAUUUGGAAAACAGACAUGACACAGUUUUCGCCAACUCCUAGCUUUGUGGCUGAGUUUUCACAGCUUGAGAAGCAGCUGGGUAUAUCAACCGUGGUACCCAGCAAGGACGACCUGCAAAGUUGGCUGAAAGCGCAAACUAUUGAGAAUAGCCAUCUGAAAGAGCAACUGCAAGAAAAGCAAGCAAUGCUUAAAGCAGUGUAUGCAAUUGCAAGAGAAGGGAUAUCAGAAGGGGACCUUUCAGGAACAGCGGAAUUCAAGGUUCACAAAUUUAGUUGCCAAAUUAUGCAAGCAAUGGGUAUUGAUCCUUACAAAGUGACCCAGGAAGAGUUUAUGCAACAUGAAGAUGAUGUACAUGGAGGUACUGAGCAUGGAGCUACUGAGCAUGAAGAAGAAGAGUUACAAUUAGUUGAGACAGAGCAACAAGGAGAUGGAAGUACUGAGCAAGAGAAAGAGAAAGAUGACGCGGAAACUUCCUUCCAUGAAGAAUUUCCAUGUAUGAGCCUUGCAGCUGGAAAUACGCCAACAAUUCUGCAAGCUCAAACUGCUGCAGAGGGGCACAAAAGACCACUCAGGACAUAUAGUUCGAGUAUGAAGAGUGUGACAACUUGCAAGACUCCACCAAAGAAAAGGCCUGUCGCAAAGCAAAAGCCCACUCCUACAAAUAAUGUUGAUGAGGAGCAGAAGAAAAUGUUGAAGAGACACCUGUUACGGAUGAGGCACAGAAGAAAGCUGCAGAUGGUGGAGUUGUGGAUGGGGCAGCCAACUCCUGGAACUUUUGAUGACAGUUCUGCUUCAACACAGUUUGAGGACUCCAUGGUGAUAACUGCUACAACACCGCAAACACAGCCUGACAAUGCUCAGACCUACAGGUUGGUGCAACUAGGAGCUAACCCCGAUGAUAUGACGAAUGUUGAAGUGAGUGAAAUGAUAGAUGAGAUCGUCAGCAACAUUAACAAAACUGAACAUGGACCCGCAGUGACGGAGAAUGCAGAACCUACCUCAACUGCUACAACGCAGGAAAACGUUUUUAGCCUUGGAUUAGAAAAAACUCCAAAACCUGCAGGAGAGUUACUGAAGGAAGCUGCGAAUACAAUAAGAGAAAGGCAACCAUCAUUCAUACAACAACGUAGACAUUACUUGGAUGGAACGCAAAGAAGAUGGUAG